AUGGAUGACGUCGAUUCCCUGGGAGGCCUGCGCGGCCUGUAUCAAGACCUCUCAGGCAUUACAGAGUCUUCAAUUGUCAACAUUGACCGUCUCUGCUUGGAGCUAGAAUCUCACCUCAAUGACUUUCGCACGCUUUUGGAUAAGCCAGGAAAAAAUGACAAUAGUCGAAAAUCAGUACUCACGGGCAAAUUAACGAUCGACGAUGUCGAAUAUGCGAUCAACGCCGACUUUCAGCAAAGUACCUUGCAGCUUGCCGAUGCAUUAAACCUGGACGAAGUCCAAGCAGCCGCGCUGUUCAUGGCAGCGCAAGAGAGCGCCCAGCAACUUGAUAGAACGCCGCUCAUCACAGCCAUUAUGCGAUUCCACCAACGUCGACACUUUUUGCUCGAAUGCUUGCGUCUAGUUUUCCAGGAGUCCUUCGAUGUGGAGCGGGAGGAAAUACAGGAGUUGAUGCAGAAUGCGGUUGCGCAUAUCCUACAGACAAAGGAAGGAACAUUUCGUAACGCGUCUCUUUUCGCAAGGAAAUGUCUUGCGUCAAUGGAAGAAAUAGAGAAAUGGCUAACGCUCAUUGCCGACCAAAUACAAAAGAUCUCUAUUGUGGGCCAGGCGGAGGAUGCAGAUAUUACAGAAGCCUUCGAAUAUCAACGCACGAGCUUAAUGCAGCAACACGAGUCUUUAGGUGCCACACUCUGCUACCUCUUCAAAGGGACGUACACAUCUUCGGAAGAUCUUCGAUUCCUCUUGGAUCGCAUGCGAAAGAUCGAACGGGUUGAUAUGCUUCUCGUGCACUACGUUCCUGCCAUCAUCGCCGCACUCGUACAAUAUGGUUCUCCAAGUGGUUCGGGCACGCAACGAGAGGCUCGAAGCCUAAAUUCAGCCGUCACAUCUACGAAAGAUAAUAACGCAUGGAAUCUGGCUCCAUUCCAUGCUGCUGUGAUCUCGUGGUGGUUGACGGUCUACAGCGGAUGGUACUUUGACUCAGGUCCAGCAUCGCCUUUGCAAGGCGUCGAUUUCGAUAAGGAGGCAGAAGAACGUACAUCUUUGUUCAAGGUGUGCUUGGAUGACGGUGCUCUCGAAUUCAUGCUGGCCAUUUGUGCUAGUAUUCAAAACGACGAGUGGAGGCACCCAGCCCGAAAUGAACUAGUGACCCUGCUGCUGAAGGAUAGCCAGGCCUCUGUGUUCGAGACUGACUCAAUUUCGCAUUUUAUGAAACCACUUAUCAUGGAACAUUUCGAUACAUUCACCGAGUCGUGCAUUGCAAAUAUGCCAAAUGCUGUUCGAAUGCUGAAAACAGACGAAGACGCCCAGCGUCUCGACCAAAUAACCGCACUCCGGGAUGGGCUCAGCUCUAGUAUACACCGAGGCGUUUUGGAAGCGCGCACCCAUUUAGAAACUUUUCUAGUGAUCAUGGCAUUUGCCUUUGAAGGUCGCCAUGAUGCUGCACAGGAGUUUUGGGCUGACCCGGAUGGUAACUUGUACGGCUUUCUUCAAUGGGCAUCGAAACGGCAAACUGUCCCACGUGUCAGUGCCUUCUGUGAGAUGCUGUGCUCUAUAUCAGAAGGUGAAGAUAAUGCAGUAGCGGCGCAUAGAUUUCUUUCCGAAGAAGACAAGCAUACGUCUGUCAAGUUCAGGCGCUCACCGUCAAUGAACUGGGUCCAAAUGUUCGCUGAACUCCAGCUUUACGCGACAAAGGUGACCGAGAAGCCGUCAACAUCAAGCCAAAUACUGCACACACGAAAGGUAGAAAAUAUCGAGAUGAACGAACCGGAGAGCCCUGUAAUGCUUACUUGUUACCUUCAACUCAUCGGCCAUCUGUCUCAACAGAGCAACACUAUCCGGGAAUGGAUGCUGCAUAACCCUAGCUUUAACGUGAUUAGUACACUGUUAACCCUAUGCAGCGGCUCUGUCCCCACACAUCUUCGAGCAAGCGCUUUCAAAACGCUCAAAGCAUUGAUGACAGAUCGCACCUCAAGUCAUGGAAAUGACAUGUGGUUGGCCCUUGACCAAUGGAUCUCUGGUGCUGCAGCAAAUGCUUCUGGACUUGCCAAGGCGCCAAUUCUGUCGAACCAGCCGGCGUGGCAUGAGAGGCAUGCAUUUCAGAAGAUUGGUGAGAGUUUUGAUCAAACGAAUUCCUUCGUCGAUCUGGUCCACUCCUUGAUUACGCCAACGUCCGAUCUUCCCAGCAAGCUACUCGCUCUGCCUUUUCCAGAGGCAUUGGGAGCAUCAUACCGAAUGCCCGGAAUUGAGCCGUACGUUGAUUUCAUCCUAGGCCAUGCUUUUGCACGCAAGGUCCCAGACGUCACAGAGGCGCAGGGGAGGUUACUUUCCUUGAAUUGCCUCAAUUUCAUGGCGACUUGUCUGGCAACAUUCAAUGAAGAUCUAGUAGCCAUUGCACAGCAACCCGCAGCAGGCCCGGAAACAAGCAUAAACUCCUCGGAUCUUAACAACUAUAUCCGGCUUCAUCCAUUUGCUCGGGUCUUCGAGUGGCUCUUCAACGAGGACGUUCUCAAGACUCUUUUUAUGUCAGCUAGACAGGACUCAUCAGAGGUCUCAAGAUCGCAUUGUGACUCGGUCCUUGUACAGUCAUUAGUGAAGAGCCUCGAUGUGAUGAAUCUGGUUUUGGAUCUUCAGUCAACCUAUCUGAAUAUCGUGCGACCCAUACUAAGAAAUCAGGGAAUCACCACCAAAAUGACUGUCGCUAAUUCGGCUCUCGCGUCUUUCGAGGAUAGCAUUCUGAACAAUCUGUAUAUCAUACCUGCUUUAUGCCUCUAUUGUGGAUCCGGCCAUGAACAACUCACUAUCAGUUCCAUGUCUCUCUUACGGAAACUGUCAAGCUCCAGGAAGCUCAAUAAAUCCACAGCAACAGGCUUGAUAACCUGGAAAUCACCGAAUCGGAUUGUGGAGGUUCUUAGUACGGAGGUCAAUGCCGAUAUCGUUUCUCGGCCAUUGGUUCAUCAAAUGGAACCCGAACCAAGGGAACUUGAUCAUGGUCAUAAUUCGCCCGGUUACUUGAUUCGAGAGAAUCUAUUAGGCUUACUCAACAGUUGUCUUGCUACCAUCACGGAUAGACCCAAUAUCGCUCAUUUAUUGCUUGGAUUUUCUUGCGUGGGCAACACACUAGACGUGGAUUCGGAAGGUCUGAUGGCUAAGGGCAUGUCAUUGCUUCAUGCCGUCAUCAACUUUGUACAAACAUAUCCUACUGAUAUUGAUGGAAGUAUUGUGUCAUGGGCAAUUCACGCUAAACGAAUGGCUUUUGAGGUCCUCAAGCACCUUUGGUCAUCAAAAUUAUCAUCUGCCAUCGUUCUAACUGAGCUUCGCAUGAACCGCUUCUUGAUGGUCUCGUUUGCUAAUCAACCCAUUGUCAAUCUCAACACAGUCUGGGACGAAUUUCCCACUGCUACACCCGAGUUUUGGAUUUCGCCCUCCGCAACUGGGUUCUGUGAAUUCUUAGCGUAUCGGAGUCAUUUGUAUGAAUAUGCAACUACCGAGAUCAGGGCUGCUUCGAAGCUUGGUUCGCAGUCACUACAACUUGAUGUGCUGUCUACCUUGCUUGGAAUGUCUCUUGUUGAGGAAGGAGAAACGGUGACUCACGCUACAGUCUUUGAUCUCUUUGAUUUUGCAGACUUGAAAUUAUCCCAUGGCUUUUCAGUUCCCCAACUGCAUUAUCUUGCUGGAGUUGAUUUUGAUAUCUGCACCAAAGAGCAGCCGGAUAGCUCUAUUCUCUAUGACCUAGAUGCAGCUGAGGAGCUUAUCAAACUGAGAAGGAGAGAACUUGCAGGGGGCAGCCAAGUACGGCCACAGGAAGAAGAACAAUUUCAGCUUGAAUCCGAACAUCUACUUGUCUUCCUUCGUGUAACGAAUAUGGAGAGACAAAUACAUCUCAAUCGGUACCUUGCAAUCCGGUCGUGGUCCGAGCUUAUGACAACGAUGGUCAUCUCUUGUGAUAUGGACGAGGGGCGCAGGAGAACAUUUAUCCUUCAAGCCAUCAGUUUAAUCACACCAAAACUUGACGUUGCUAUGGUUGAGAAUGUACCUGAGGCAAUUCAGCUAGCACAGUUGGCGGAGACUUUGAUUAGCAAACUCGACUGUUCAGUAUCGGCAAGCCACCAAGGUCGUGGAAGUGAUCUAAUCGAUGAAAAACUUUAUCAGUUGUUCCAAAUCAGCAUUCGAGGAAUCUGCUUGGCGAUUGGAGAUGUUUUACUACGUGAAUCGUUCUAUAAUAUCUGUGCUCAUUACAUUUCUCGAAUCACGACGACGCCUGGCUCGAUUCAUCAAAACCUGCGGCGUCAAUGUCAGCAAGCUGUCAAGAUUUCUGGUGUUUCGUUGAUAGAAGCCGUUAGCGACGAUGCAUAUGCCGGACAAGAAACCUGCAAAGUCUCCGCCAUUCUUCUUUUGAAUUUACUUGCCGAGUUAGAUGCACAGGAACAUUCUCACUUAUUGGCAGAAACCAUUUCGCAGUCUAACUAUCUUAGCAUGUUUUUGGACUCUAUCAAAACGCUGUCUUCGGAAUUCCGAGAUGCUCAAGCCCAUGACAUCCCGCUAUUGAUAUCUUACUAUCAUGCACUUUUGUCCCUGCUCCAGAAGCUUUGUCAAACCAAAAUCGGUGCCACUCUUGUGUUGAAUGCUGGGCUUUUUGCUUCCAUUCGAGAGUCGCGACUCUUUGCUGCUGAUCCGGAUAUUGGCAUAGACAUGGAUAACCCGGAUGCUCUGCGAAAUUACUACGAACUCCUGGCUGCAAUGCUGCGAGUUAUUGUCUCCGCUGUCUUCUCCCGCGGUGUCCAAAAUGAACAGAUCAUGGAUCAGACACGGACCUUCCUUGGGGAAAACAGAUCGAGCAUGAUUGGCAUAUUCAAACGAUUUGCCAAAAUCGGCGGUGAGGUGUCUUCAGAUAAUCGUCAGGUGAUUCAAAAUUUGGUCACAGCCUAUGUAGCAUUGAUCACUGCUGCCGGUUUUGUCGAGUUCGAGGACCAAGAGCUGCAACAAAACACAGAAACAAAAGUUUUUUCCUAG